UAACAAUUUAAUGAUUUUGCUAUAUAUCUUUGUCAGAUAUAGAAUUAUUGUGAUUCGUUCAUAUAUCGUACUAACUUGCUAAAUUAUUUAAACAUUCCAAGUUUCCGAAGUGAAAUUCAAAGUUAGAAAAGAAUUAUAUUGUUAGGAACAGGGUUUGGAAUUGAAAACAGAAGUAACGAGCAAGAAUUCAUUGUUUUGAAGUUUAGUAUAUAAGCCAGCCUUCAGUAUGGGGAAAGGUGGAAAGAAGAAGAAUAAACAUUCGGAGAAAGAUAUUGGGGCAUCUGGUACCUCACCUGAAACUCAACCUUCUACUUCUCAAGCACCCAUUGCGGAAGUUCAAAAGUUGAAUAUAGCUGAUAAACCUGAGCCUAGCGAACCCAAAGAUGAAUGUUUUGGCUUAGGUAUAGAGGGAUCUAGUAAAAAACGUCCUCGUAAAAAGAAGAAAGAUGAUACCUCUCAUGUAGGUGAUUCAUCUGCCCAGCAAAUGACUGGACUCACUGCAGCUGGUCCUGCACAAGCCUUUCCCAAACUUUCUACUGGGUUAGGCCGUGGCAGAGGCUGGGGUCCUCCACAAAUGGUUCCACAGGCACAAGUUGUCCCAAUUCAACCUAUUCAGCCACAAGUACCAGUGCAACCUCAAGUACAACCUAUGGGUGGCUGGGGAGCACCACAACCAACUGUUCAACAACACCAACAACCACCGCAACGGUCUUUCUCAGAAACAGAAACAGCACCACAAUUUGCCAAACCGCCAACAUUCUCACAACCACAAUCAUCUGGUGUAGGACGUAGUAGAGGAAGAGGAUAUGCUCCUGAUCCCAAAUCAGAUAAAACGAUAUCAUUUGGAAGCAAAUCCUCUGAAACUCCAAAUAGAUUUAAAAUACCAACAAAAUGUCCCGGCGGUAUUGUUACUAGACAAUCAAGACCAAUCAAGUUAAUUACAAAUUACUUAGAGAUGAAAAUUAAGCCUCUUAAAAUAUAUCGCUACGACGUUUCGAUUAAGCCAGAGAAACCGAAAAAGUUAACACCAAAGGCUUUUAUGGCUGUAAAAAAUAUGAAAUUUCCAAAUCACGUAGUUGCAUUCGAUCAAAGAAAAAAUUGUUACUCAUUAACACGUCUCUGGAAUACAUCAGAAGAACGUAUGAACGUAAACGUGGAACUUCUUGAUGACAAUAAAGUAAAGAUGAAUUUCGAUGUGACAAUGAAGGCGACUGGAGUUGUGGAUAUCAACACAAUUUUACAGCACAUGAAGAAUGGCGAAAGUUCGUUGAAUCCACCAACAGAAGCCAUUCAAGCAAUCGAUGUAAUUUUACAGCAAGGAACUUUGGAAAAUUAUGUGAAAGUGGGAAGACAAUAUUUCAUGCGGCCGAGGAGCCCGAUAGACUUGUUCUAUGGCAUGGAGAUGUGGACCGGGCUAUUUCAGUCUGCAAUAUUUACUUCCCGUGCCUUCAUUAAUAUUGAUGUUGCACACAAAGCUUUUCCAAGAAAUCAAUCUUUAAUUGAUGCUUUAAUUAAAGAUUUUCGCUUGGAUCCAAAUAAACCAUUGAAUCAACAAAGGGGUGUUGAUUAUUUUGAACAAUUUAUUAAGGGACUGAGGGUUGUAGCGAGGAUCGGAGGCGGAGCAAAAAUCCGAGAAUACAUAUGCAAUGGACUAGUUGAACCAUCGAACCGGCUCACCUUCCCUCUCAACGACCCCGCAGGGAAAGGGAAGACAAUUACCGUUGAGAAAUAUUUUGAAGUUGACAAGAAAUACAGAUUACGCUAUCCUUACCUGAAUUGUAUGUGGGUGGGACCGAAGGAUAAAAAUAUUUAUUAUCCUAUGGAGCUUUUACAUAUCUCUUUCGGCCAGCCAAUAAAUAAGCAGCUCAACGAAAAGCAGCUCCAAACGAUGGUCCGCGAAGCAGCAACUCCUCCCAACGAGCGCAUGAAUAAAAUUAAAGAAGUAAUUCGUAACAUGAAUUACUCGGCGAAUGCCAGCUUCAAGCACUUCCAAUUGGAAGUUUCGGACAAAUUCUUCCAAGUAGACGCUAAGGUAUUGCAAGCGCCCAAAUUGGAUAUCGGAGUUGGUAAACCUGUUGAUCCAAGAAAAGGCGUAUGGCAAGCCAAUCGCUUCUUGAAGGCAAGUGCGCUUGAAACAUGGGGCUUAAUUACUAUCGAAGCAGACCCUACCACAUGCCAGUGCCAAAGCUUCAUAGAUAUGAUAAAGCGAGUCGGUGUUCAAAUGGGUAUGUCCGUGCGAGAUCCCCUGAUGACAAAUUUCAACGUUAGAAUGAACGAGAUCCAUAAGAUAUUAUUAACAGCGUAUGAAAAGAGAAUAAAUAUCUUAUUCGUUAUCGUCCCGGUGAGGUUUAGAGAUGCCUACGAAAAGGUGAAACGUAUGGCGGAACUUGAAGUGGGCAUCUUGACACAAUGUAUCAAAGAUAUGACAGCCUCACGUCGUAUGAGCGAGCAGACAGUGCGCAAUAUAUUGUUAAAGGUAAAUUCUAAGCUCAUGGGAAUCAAUCAAUGCUUAGAAGCACGCUGUGUACCCGAGUGCAUCAAGAAGGGAGGAGUCAUGAUGGUCGGCGCUGAUGUAACACAUCCUCCCCCAGAUCAGAAAACAAUCCCAAGCAUCGCUGCAGUUAGCGCUUCGAUUGACCCUAAAUGUUUCUUAUACAAUAUUGAAUUAAGCAUGCAGACGCCAAAGGAAGAAAUUAUUGUGGACUUUGAAGACAUGAUGUUUGAUCAUUUGCAAAAUUACAGACAGCGACAAAACAUGCUUCCACGCAAGAUAUUUGUGUUUCGUGAUGGAGUUUCUGAAGGACAAUUCGCUCAAGUGAUGCGAAGUGAGCUGGUGGCUAUACAGAAAGCUUAUCACCGAUUGGAUCAACAGGUGAAGCCGGAAAUAUUAUUCUUACUUGUACAAAAGAGACAUCACACGCGGUUCUUCUUGGGAGAGAGUAAUCCACAAAAUGUAGAGCCCGGUACUGUGGUUGACAGUGAAAUUGUACACCCGCGCGAGUUGGACUUUUAUUUGGUAUCGCACCAGGCUCUGAAGGGCACGGCGCGGCCGACGCGCUACCACGUGAUCUGCAACGACGGCAACAUCCCGUCGGACGAGGUGGAGCAGCUGGCGUACUACCUGUGCCACCUGUACGCGCGCUGCUCGCGCUCCGUGUCGUACCCGGCGCCCACGUACUACGCGCACCUGGCGUGUCUGCGCGCGCGCACGCUUACCAGCGGGGAUCGUAUCAACAACGCUGAAUUAGAAAAGAAGCCUAAGCGACUUCGCGUGCUGGAUAGGAUGUUGCAGCACAGCCGUAUGUUCUUCGUUUAAUUCCCACGUUCCGAACGUAGCUCUUCGAGGGGAUCAUGUAUUAGAUUGCAUAAAAUUUUUCAUAAAAUUUCGUAAUUAUAACGAUGUAGUUUUAAAGUUAUUUUAUUAAAAUAAAGUUCAUUACGAUAUUGUAAAAUGUUAUGUGACGAUAUAUAUAUAUAUAAGCCCUUUUUAUUUUGUUGGUGUGAAAAUAUUUAAUUUGUGUAGUGCUAAGUUUUUCAAUUUGUUAUGAUCCUACUUAAUUUGUUUCCAAAAUAUUUUAAUUGUUACUAAAAAAAUUAAGUUAUUAAGUCAAUUCAAAACGUAUAAUUAUAUUAUUUAGCCAAAGGGCUUUUCAGGUUAAGCCCGUUUAGGUAGGUAUCACUAAUCCUCACAUAUUCUACUUUGAAAACUGAGUGAGUCCACCAUUGCUGGCUAAUAGGGCAUAAAAUAUUAGUUUCCAAGGUUAACGGUGUAUUGGCGUUGUAAAGUAUGGUUAAUAUAUAUUUUUUAAUGGUACAUUUGGCAAACGGGCGAGGAGGCUCAUCUAAUGGAAAGUGACUACCACCGCCCAUGGACGUCUGCAACACCAGAGGGCUAUCAGAUGCGUCACCGGCCUUUAAGAAAGGUGUAGGCUCUUUUUUUUAAGGUUCCCAAGUCGUAUCGGUUCGGAAAAACCGCCCACGAAAGCCGGUUCCACAGAGUGGUUGUGCGAGGCAGAAAACGACUUAAAAAUCUCGCUGUUGUGAAUUUUUGGAUAUCUAGGUGAUUCGGAUGGAACUUGGAAUUGGAGGACUGGUGAGGCCGAAUUUGCGCCUUGUAUAGUUUUAGGCGAUGGGCCGACGUGAAAUACUGUCUGGCCUUGCUGAGCACACCGAGCUUUGGUGCCAGUUUGGUUUUGCUUUCCAACUGACCGAGGAACUGAACGAGGCUUGAAACAUCAACGCCAAGUAUUCCGAUACUAGCUGUGGUGGCAUUGGGUAUGUCCUCAAAUCGUCGAGAUGACGACAAAUGGUGAUUUUUAGCGGUUAACGUGCAAACGUGUUUUGGGGUUCAAUUGGACUAGGUUUAGCCGGCCCCAGUCCGAGACUCUAUUUAGCAAAGACUCGAUUUCAGAAACAAGCUUUUUCCGGUUUUUGUCGACGUUUUCCCCCAGAAAUAUAAAGUCUUUAAGGUGUAUACGGUACUGUCGUCUGCAUAGCAGUGACUGCUCCUAAUUUGCAACAAGUCAUUGAUUUGCAGAAGAAAAAGAGUGGGCGAUAGUGCGCAGCGUUGUGGAACACCAGAAUUGACGAAUUUUAAGUUAGAGCAUGCACCGUCGACAACGACCUUGAUGCUUCUAUAGAAGCCCAUAGGAAGGAAGCUUUGAAAGAAGCGCUUUGUACCACACGCGAUCGAAGGCUUUACUGUGCCCAAGCUGGCUGCUAAUGCCUCACUCUUGCACUCAACUAGAAGAUCAGAAGAUCCGGCUGAGCGAACCCGACGGAAACCGUACUGGCGUUCGCUAAUCAGCUGGUGCUCCUUUAAUUACCUGGCAGAUAAUAAUGGUAGGUACACAAGGUAAAAUUAUAAUAUCUCUUACAUUGCCAAUGUCAUAGAUAUUGGCGUUGUAAGAAGGUAGUGGUGACCACUUACUAUCAGGUAGCCCACUUGCCUGUCCGUCCACCUACCUAUACAAGAAAAGUUUAUAUAUAUUUAUAAUCAUGUCAUUUAAUUUACAAAUUUUCUAAUUUUUAAUAUAUUUGGUUUUACUUAUUAUUAUUUUUUUGUAAGCAAUACUAUAAUAUAUUAUUUCACUCACCAUAUACUUCAUCACAUUUACCAAGGUUUCAAAUAUAAAACAAAUUCUUCAAUCGUAUGGUGUCGUAAUUCUGCUCGUUUUUACUGAGAUUAAAUGUACUCAUACAUAACGACUACAAGACCGCUCAUAUUAUUGUUCUCAUUAAUAUAAUAAUAUAUGUUACUGUGUAUAUUCUUGUAGUAUUUAAUAUUAUGUGGUAGAAUGUAAGUAUAUAAAAAUUCGAAUUUUAUCAAUAAUCAAGACUUAUUGGCAAAUAUUUUUAUAGCAUAGUGUGAUUUUUAAACUGGUCUAAAAUUUUCUUAUAUUGUCUCAGAAGAAAACACUAGUAUAGUUUUAAAAGAGGCUGAAUUAUCAUAUAUUAUUUUCUAAAUUGACUAAUGUCCUCUAAGCAAUUGAGUUUUUAGUUUUAAAAAAAAGUAAAAAUAAAUGUAUUUUAUAACAAAAAUAUAUAUAAAAGAGUGAGUAAAAAAAGAUGUAAACCAAAUCAAUUUUAAAAUUUACCAUUAUUACUUUACGAUAACAAACAACAUUUCUUUUGUAAUAAAAAAAUCUUUACAAUUUUUUAUUGACUUAAUAUCUAGGUAUAUUUAAUUGUAUACAAAGAAAAAGACCUAAAGAGUAAACAACUUUGAUCAUUUUUAAUUAUCAAAGCAUUUAUUAAAUUCCCAUUGAAUAAAAAUAAUGUCGAAAUAUUUACAUUUAGAUCGUGUUAUUAAACAUGAAUUGAAUAGAGUAAAAUAGUGAUUUACAGUUAAUAUCUCUUGAUAUUUAUGGUUUAAAAAUGCUGCACAAAUUAGUCGACUUGCUAAUAUAUGAUUGAUUUUGAUAUUUUACGAUGUGGUAGUACAGAUUUAAUCUUUCUUCAUAUUACAUUUUUUAACUAUGCCUAUAGACAAAAUGAUUAUAAAGUGUUUUUUCUAUACCUAAGGAGCUAGCAAGCAAGAUAUAUUUAUAAUAUGGUCAUGUGGAAGAUAUUAUUAACAUUGAUAAUUGUGCCAACAUGAAGAACCA